AUGGUUCUGAUCAGAUCCCUGUUCCUGGGCCUCUUGAGCCUGGCGCACGUCGCCGUCGCCGGACCGAGCUCGGGAUGCGGCAAAGCCCCUACCAUCACCUCGGGCACCAAGACCGUCAACGUCGGGGGCCAGCAGCGCCAGUUCAUGAUCCGGGUCCCGUCCGGCUACCAGAACAACAAGGCCUACAAGCUCGUGUACGGUCUGCACUGGAACGGCGGGCGCAUGGAUCAGGUCUCCAACGGCGGUGACCAGGGCUCGCGCGGCUGGAAGUACUUUGGACUGCAGGACGUCGCCAACGAAACGGCCAUCUUUGUCGCACCUCAGGGCCUCAACGGCGGCUGGGCUAAUGGCGGCGGCUCGGACCUGCGCUUCAUCGACGCCAUGAACCAGUACAUCGAUGCGGGCCUUUGUGUUGAGCAGACACAGCGGUUCGCCAUCGGGUUUUCCUACGGCGCGGCCAUGGCAUACGCCAUUGCUUGCUCGCGAGCCCGCAGCGGCUUCCGCGGAGUCGCCGCCAUCGCCGCCGGGACCCUGUCCGGCUGCGACGGCGGCAACGACCCCGUUGCUUACUUUGGAAUCCACGGCAUUCGCGACGGGACGCUCAACAUUGGGGGCGGCCGCUCCAUGCGCGACAGGUUCAUCCGGAACAACGGCUGCGCGUCCAUGUCCGGGGCCAAGGAGCCCUCGCAGGGGAGCAGGACGCACAUCACCACGGCCGCCACCGGCUGCAAGGCUGGCUAUCCAGUCCAGUGGGCGGCACACGACGGUGGGCAUAUCCAGGCCGCCGCUGACCGUCCUGCGCCCGAGGAGAACGGGGCAACAUCUUGGGUGGGACCCGAGGUCUGGCAGUUCUGGAACAGGGCCAUCGUGUAG